AUGCGGGAGAUCGACGCGCACUUUGAUGCGUACGAACAUCUCAAGCACCUACCUCGCGAUGGCGAGGCUUUACACAUGCUGCGCAAGGCAGCGUCCGUGGUCAAGCCCAUGAUGAGGAAACGAGGCUGGAAGAUCGCCACUCUAGCUGAAUUUCUCCCCGAUGAACCUCAGCUGCUCGGGUUGAACAUCAAUAGGACAGAGAGAAUACUGAUCAGGCUGCGCUAUCACCAUGACUCGAGGCAGUUCCUACCCAUGGAGCAGAUCACAGAUACCCUGCUACAUGAGCUCUCGCAUAUCAUCUGGGGCCCACACGACGCCAACUUCCACAAUCUUUGGAAUGAGCUGCGCGACGAGCACCAGUCAUUAGUUGCAAAAGGCUACACCGGUGAGGGUUUCUUAUCUCAAGGUCGAUCGCUCGGUGGCAAGAGGAUACCAUUGGACGAAAUGCGCCGUCAGGCUCGAAUUUCAGCAGAAAAGCGAAGGGGGACCACGAACCAGAAUGCAGGCGGGCGUCGGUUAGGAGGCGGUCCAGUCUCUCGUGGCGUAGAUAUGCGCAAGGUCAUCGCAGACGCGGCGACAAGGAGAACCAGCAUCACAGACGGCUGCGCGAGUGGCAGUUCCGAAGCUGGCAGAUUGCGUGAUCAGCAAGUGCAGACUGGAUUCAGGACGAAGGCUGAAGAGACUGACGCGAACGACUUGGCAAUCGCACAAGCUUUGCAAGAGCUCAUGGAAGAGGAGGAGAUGAUCAAGCUGGAAGAGCUGUGCGCGCCCAACGGAGGGGGUGGACUGGCGUGGGAUCCCGUGAACGGCCUACAAUUUGACAAUCACCCUCCAACUUCACGAACGUCGAGCCCGAAACCGCCCCCAACUCGAAGCGUGUCUUCAAAUCACGACGGGCGUCCUCUGUCCCGCUUGGUCACCGGGAACCCGGCUAGACGACCGACAUCGUUACCAAGCUCCCGUCGCCCGUCGUCCCGCCUCAUAUCACAAGAAGAGGAAGCAAUCCGCAACGGAUCCCUACCACCUGAAUCUCAACCCUCGCCGGCGUCUCUCGUGGUUCCCACCGAUCCAAACAAGUGGGCGUGUCCUCAAUGCACGCUACAUAAUCCACUCGACUUCCUCUCCUGUGGAGCCUGCGGCCUAGAGCAGCCGCCACAACCAAUUCCGCAAAAUCAGCGCUACGGUCCGGCCCACCAUCCAGCCGCCCUUCCAAAGCCACCCCCUGCAGCGGGGCUUAGAGGGGCCAGUGCCACGCCUUUCGAGCCUGCCAAAGGACGGAUAGGCUGGAACUGUUUGAACUGUGGCACCUUUAUGGAGCAUCAGUGGUGGACGUGUUCGCUGUGUGGGAAGAUGAAGGAUGAAUCGUAA